AUGGCAGCAGAAGGGACCAGAGUGGAGAUGUGGGGCACCUCAGUGGCCACCGCCGUUGCCUUGUUCAGCCUGCUGGUGGGGACGACCUCCGGCUACCCCACACCGCCCGAGGCGGCCGCGCCCCUCUUCUCCGACUUGACCCCUGAGGAGCUGAAGGCUGUCCGGCACUUCCUGAUGAGUCGCCCGGAGCUGGGGCUCCAGCCCAACCAGGGGGGGACUCUGGACAAGAACUGCCUCUUCCUGGUGGAGCUCCUGGCCCCCAGGAAAAGCCAGGCCUUGAACUACCUGGAUUCCGGGGGGCCCCGCCCAAGACGCCGGGCCAAAGCGGUGGUGUUCUUUGGGGCCGAGGCCAACCCCAACGUCACCGAGUACAUUGUGGGUCCUCUGCCCACGCCCACCUUUUACCGGCCUUCUGGCUCACCCGUGGCCUACACCUCGAGGCCCAUGAACCAUCUCGAGUACCAGCUGCUGUACAGCACCAUGCAGACGGCGCUGGCCCCGCUAGGGGCGUUUCUGGAGGACGUCUCUGGCUUCAGACUCGAGCCCUGCGGCGACCGGUGCUUCACCUUCACAGACGUGGCCCCCCGCGGUCUGGAGCCAGGCGAGCGUCGAACGUGGAUUCUACUGCAGAGGUUUGUGGAGGGCUCCUUCUUGCACCCGGUCGGUCUGGAGCUGCUGAUUGAUCACAGGCCUCUUGAUCCAGUUGCCUGGAAGGUGCAGAAGCUCUGGUACAAUGGGCAGUACUUUGACAGCCCCGAGGAGCUGGCUGAGAGAUACACCCAGGGCCAGGUGGAAAUUGUGCGCCUGCCCGAGCACCCACAGCACAGCCUUUUCUCCACAUUUGUCCCUCGUGGAAACUUCACCACAGGCCCCCCCACAGACACGCAUGGCGCCAAAAUAUGCGAAACAAGCGGCCACCAGUACUACGUGCGCGGCAACUGGCUCGAGUACAGCGGCUGGAGCCUGGCCUUCCGGCUGCGCUCCUCCACUGGCCUGCAGCUCUUCGACGUGCGCUUCAACGGCGAGCGCGUGGUUUACGAGCUGAGUGUGCAGGAGGCCGUUGCGUUCUACGGUGGGAGCUCACCCGCCACCAUGCAGACGAAAUACAUAGACGUCGGGUACGUGAUGGGCUCCCUCUCUCACGAACUGGCUCCCGGGAUCGACUGCCCGGAGGUGGCCACCUUCCUGGAUGCCCACCACAUGCACGACACCGACGGGCCCGUCCGCUACCCGCGUGCCAUCUGCAUCUUCGAGCUGCCCACUGGGGUGCCCCUGAGGCGCCAUUUUGACAGCAACUUCCAGGGUGGUUCCCACUUCUACGCAGGCCUGGAGGGCCACGCGCUCGUGCUGCGCACCACCUCCACCGUGUACAACUACGACUACAUCUGGGACAUCAUGCUCUUCCCCAACGGAGUGCUGGAGACCAAAGUCCACGCCACCGGCUACGUCCACGCCUCCUUCUACACGCCUGCGGGGCUCCAGUAUGGCAACCGUAUCCACAGCCACGUGCUGGGCAACAUGCACACCCAUCUGAUACAUUACAAGGUCGACCUGGACGUUGCAGGGGCGUCCAACACCUUCGAGACGCUGGAGGCGGCCUUCGAGGAGGAGGCGGUGCCCUGGCAGGCGGGGGCGCGCAUGGUGGUGCCGCGGCUGGAGCGGCGGCGGCGCGCGCGGGAGCGCCAGGCCGCCUUCCCCUUCGGAGAGCCGCUGCCGCGCUACCUGCUCGUCUCCAACCGGCGGCGCCGCGGGCCCGGCGGACACCCGCGCAGCUACCGCCUCCAGCUCACCUCCCACGCCGACCACCUCCUGCCCCAGGCCGCGUCUCCCUCCCCCCCAUCCCCCCCGGCCAGGUACCACCUGGCGGUGACGCGGCACCACCCGAAGGAGGACACCAGCAGCAGCAUGUACAUCCAGAACAACCCCUGGGAGCCCAGCGUGGACUUCGAGCGCUUCCUCGAGGACAACGAGAGCCUCGACGACCAGGACCUGGUGGCCUGGGUGACGACGGGCUUCCUCCACAUCCCCCACUCCGAGGACAUCCCCAACACCUCCACUCCCGGCAACGCGGUGGGCUUCUUCCUGCGCCCCUUCAACUUCUUCGAGGAGGACCCCUCCAUCGCCUCCCACCGCACCGUCAUCGUCCGCCCCGCCAAGGGCACCCUCGGCCCCGGGGUGGCCGUCCAGCGCUGGACGCCCGGCAGCCCCGGCAGCUGCGUGUCCGACGUGCCCUUCAGCUACGACGGCACCUACUCCCAGGUGUAGCGCGCUCUCGGAUGGACGAAGCCCCUGCCCCCAACACGCGCGCACACACGCCUGCCUGCUUCCCUGCAGCCCCUCUGUGGGGCAGGCUCAGUCUGGGGGGGGGCCCUGCAUAGCACAGCCACAGCAUCUGACCACUGUUGGUGCACCGUGGAGGUCCCCCAGAGGCCCACCGACCUCCGCCUUGGGUAGAGGGCGGGCGGGGCAGCUGGCAAGGCAGCCCUGCCCAUAACCCCGGGAACAGCAGCACUUGAGGCUGCGGUUGUGGACUUUGACGCCAUAAAAUCUGUCUCACAACACCCGCAUUAGGGAUGUUCAAGGCCACAGAGCAGCCAUAGACU